AUGCCGAAGACCACGAUCGACGCAGCGGGCAGCCCACUUAUUCGCCUCAAAGGCGCCGUACAACAGUAUCCAUGGGGGCGGACGGGUAGCGCGUCACUCGCCGCGAGACUGGCCCCGAACGCAGUUGGGCCUGAAUUUAAGCUCGACGAGAAAGAGUCAUACGCGGAGGUCUGGAUGGGAACACAUAAGAACGGGCCAGCACACCUCUAUAAAACCCCAUCAACCUCCCUGCAGUCCAUCAUUUUGACCGACCCAGCCCGCCUCCUGGGUGCACCAGUGCACGACAAAUGGCCUGACACUCCGCAAGUCCCGUUCCUAUUCAAGAUCCUCAGCAUUGAGAAGGCCCUCCCGCUGCAAGCCCACCCUGACAAGAGCCUUGGCGAACGCCUGAAAAAAGAGAAGCCCGAUCUGGCACCAGAUGCAAACCACAAGCCUGAAAUUGCAGUCGCGAUCGGGAAACCGCUCCCGGGCGAGGACGCUGACAUCUCAUUCACGGGCUUCGUGGGCUUCAAGCCUCUUGAGGAGAUCGCCGCGAACCUCAAGGACGUCCGCGAACUGCGCGAUGCCAUCAGCGACCGCGCGGCGGUGGACACCUUCGUACAUUCGCCAUCACGAGAGGGCCUCAAAAAGGUGUACGCGGCGCUGCUAACGCACGGGGCUGAGGGAAAGGCGAAGGCACAUGUUGAAGCGCUCGCACAGCGUGUCAAGGAGGGGGCAAAAGCAGUUGAGGGGUUAAACGAAACGCAAGCGCGCCUUGUCCGCAAGGUCACGGAACAGUAUCCAGGAGACGUCGGGGUCUUUGCAACAACAUUUUUCAUGAAUUUCGUGACGCUGAAACGCGGAGAGGCGAUAUACAUCGGCGCGGACGAGGUGCACGCGUACCUUGAGGGAGACAUCAUCGAGUGUAUGGCUGUUUCAGACAAUGUCCUGAAUUCUGCGUUCGCUCCACCUGAAGAGAUCAAGCAGCAGGUACCCAUCUUCCUCGAAAUGCUCACCUACACCGCGCGUCCUGCCUCCCACUGGGCCCUGCCAGUGAAGCCGUACGCACACUCGCUUCAGCGACGCACGAGCGCGUACGACCCGCCUCUCGAGGAAUUCACCGUGCUAGGCACGUCGUUGCGCCCAGGCCCGGGCGGCGUUGGCGGGGACGGGCGUCGCGAGAGGCUGGGCGCGGUUGGUGGACCCACGAUCGGGAUUGUGACGCGGGGGAAGGUGCGUGUGAGCGCUGGAGGUGAUGCCCUCGACCUUGAAGAGGGUGGUAUUGUGUACGUUGUCCCCGGCAACGAGGUGCAGGUAGAGUUACUGCAGCCUGAUGGAGAUGGCGAAGGGGAGGUAUGGUGGGCGGCAUGCGUAGCAUGA